CCAUUUCUGCAGACGACACGGUCGACAUCAACACACACACAUCUGUCUGCUAUCUGAGGUUUGAUUGUCCUAUCAUGGCGACUGCUAAUGACAAGCGGGUCCUCAACUCCAUCUUUAACCCAAAUUUACCUUUUGGAGACGUCGUAGAAGACGAAGAAGAAAGGGAGGAAGGAGAGGGAACUGAAGACAACGAAGCAAUCAAAGAGGCGAAGAGGUUAGAGCUCCUUGCCGUGCAGAGUGCAGAAAACGGAGACAUUGACCAGGCGCUGGACCUGUUUAACCAGGCAGUGGCCGUGGCGCCAGACUGGGCCUCCGGGUACAACAACAGAGCACAGGCACUCAGGCUGAGGGGAGAUGUCUUAGGUGCCCUGGAUGAUUUGAACAAAGCCAUCAACCUGAGCCAGGGAAAAGGGAAAGCAGCAUGCCAGGCUUUCACUCAGAGGGGUCUUAUCAACAGGUUGGAGGGUCGGGACGAAGAAGCCUUGGAAGACUUUAAGAAAGCAGCUUGUCUGGGGAGCGAGUUUGCCAAGACUCAAGUCGUCGCCAUGAAUCCUUACGCUGCUCUCUGCAACCAGAUGUUGCGGGAGGUCAUCGGCAAACUGAAGAGAGGAGAGGCCGAUGAGGAAUAAACAACCCGAGAACUCUCCUCUGAACUUCUGAACGAUACUAGCUGACUGACACUGACUGUCCAUCA